AGGAAGUGACACCCUGACGAAACGGGGUCGGAUGAAACGCUGCGACUUCACACUGUUUAGUACAGACAUGGGUGUGGCUGGGUCCUUAUCACCUUAUCAAGGAGUCCAUGAAUUAGGGCACGGUGAGUAUGAGAUGGCGAUGUCGCGCUGCAUGCGGUGGGACGGCAGCGAGAGAAGAACUCGGCGGCAGAUGAAGCGAACAGCGCAAGGGCAAGGGAGAGGCAUGAUACGUAGUUCGACUGAUAUGAUUGGGCACUGAGGGCACAGCACGAACCAAAAGUAGCAAGUGGCGAUGAUGCGAUUCGAUGCUAUGAUGGCGCUAGACCAGAAAGCUCCAGUACAGUCCGAGGAAGAGAACCUGCUUUAGCCGCUAGCGACGCAACCCGACCCGCGGCCAUUCGCCACAGAUGCACGCUGAGGCAGAUCAGAUCAGACCAAAUGUAGCCUCGGAUUUUGAAAGUUGCGGCUCGUUCGCUUUUGAACUAUGAACGGAUGUUUCUUCUGGAUCUGGGCGAGGACGAGUUGAGGACCAGAAAGCUACGUACAGUACGAAGUGUACAUGAUGCCGUAUCUCUCCCAGGUGGUAGUGGAUA